AUGAUGGGCGGAUGGGGAUUUGCUGGUGGUGGCUACGGUGGAAGUGGCUUUCCUAGAAGUGGACGAUUUGAAGAGCAAUAUCACUGUUACAGUGUGGCGUAUGCCGACAAGGCGCAUUUGGAGAAAGGCGACAAAGUGUUGCUUCCGCCAUCAGCGUUUGACACAUUGGCACGAUUGCAGGUAGACUACCCAAUGCUCUUUCGCUUGACUUCAGAUGCUGAUAACCGUACAACGCAUUGUGGUGUGUUGGAAUUCACAGCAGAAGAAGGUACUUGCUACAUUCCCUUUUGGAUGAUGCAGAAUUUGCUAUUGGAAGAAGGUUCUGUUAUUUCUGUCACCAAUGUCAGUUUGCCCAAGGCUUCCUUUGUCAAAUUGCAACCACAAAGUGUGGACUUUUUGGAAAUAUCCAAUCCCAGAGCUGUUUUGGAGCACGCGCUUCGAAACUUUAGUUGUGUCACCAAGGGAGAUGUCAUUCAAAUACCAUACAACAACAAGAAUUUUCAUUUUGCCUUGAAGGAUGUACAGCCGCAGGAUGCUGCUUGUAUUAUUGAAACGGAUUGUAACGUUGAUUUCGAUGCUCCAGUAGGGUACAAGGAACCAGACUAUGCCGCCCAAGCAGCAGCCGCCAGCAGUGCAUCCAACUCAGUCGCAUCUUCCCUACCCAAGGAGUCUGCAUUGGGAGAUCGGUCUUCGGCGUGUCCCAGUCCGGCCACCAUGUCCACGGCUUCAUCGGUCACCAACGCGGAUGAUGAUAAUGCAAAUGGAAUUCGGAUUAUCAAUGGAAAGAUCGUUCGCCCAGACGAGUCGGAACCAGCAGGACCUUCCACCAAAAUGGUCGUGGACCGCGCUGGUACCACAGGGGUCCAAAAUAACGCUGCCAUUCCCGUCAAGGCACCUGAAGUCAACUAUUGGGCAGUCAAUGCUGGAGAUGGGGCUAGAUUGGACGGAAAGAGCGCAGUAGCUCUCAAGGAUAAAGCAGGAAACGAAGUGGACAUUCGCAAAUUGCGGGCGGAAGCCGCUGCCCGACGAGCAGAAGCUGCCGCUGCUGCCCAAGCUAAAAUGACCUCCACGGGGAAGACCUUGACGGGGAAGGAAGUCGCACAUGAAGUGAAAACGACGACUGCUCCCUUGUCCAAGCGCAAAACAAAGGUGGGGGGCAAGUAUUCUCGCCUCAAGACAUCUGGAGUGGCCUUUAAGGGAGCUUCCAACACAAUGAAGUAG